AUGGCCACCACUAUCUCGCACGACCUUGCCUGGGAGAUUACCAAGGGACGCAGCUCCACGCUCGUCAAGAGGGCAAAUGGCGUUCAGUUCUCGCGCGAUCCUCUUAACCUGAGGAACCUUUACAGCCGCAAGAACGAGGGCUCAAUCGCCAACAAGGCUAUUGGUGUCAUCCCCGGCAAGGAGGGUGGUGUCACUCUUCUCAUCAAGAAGGCCGACAAGCACCACCAACCCGCAUCCGCCAUCCAGACCACCACCUUCGGCCCCAGCAAGUCCACCCGCAAGACCUACUCUGCCAUUGUCAACGCCACCACCAAGCGCAACUACCGCCCCGACCUCCGCAAGGACGCCGUCGCCAGGGCCUCUGCCAUCCGCAAGAGCCAGAAGCCCGUCAAGGCCGACAAGCCAUCAAAGCCCAGGGGUGUCAAGGCCAAGGCUGCUGCUGCUGAGAAGGCAUAG